UUUUUUUUCCUUUUAAAUUUUUUUUACUUAUUUAAUAAAAAAUAGUGCAGAUAGUAUAGAGAGGACACCUAAUUCCAGACGUCCAAAUCUGAAGGCUGAGUCAUUCAGUCACUUUUAAAAAUUCAUAAUUAUGAUUAUUUCCUGGAGGAAUUUUUAAAACGCGAUGUGAAUCGUGUCUCUGCGAACAGGUAAUACACGCUGUGAAUAUCUUAGGACAGCACUUGGCGACUUUCCGUGUGACGGCCCCGGGCCGCCAUUCCCUCCCGGCCGGGCCCGCAGGCGGCGCUGCGCCCGCGCUGCUCCCGGCGCUGCUGGGGCGCUCCUGCUCCUGCCCUCACGGCCGCUUCCAGCGCUGCCCCUGCGCCCCGCCGGGAUGGCGGCACUGCUGGGCCGCUCCUGCCCUCACGGCCGCUUCCAGCGCUGCCCCUGCGCCCCACCGGGAUGGCGGCACUGCUGGGCCGCCCCUGCCCUCACGGGCCCCUCCAGCCUUGCCCACACGCCCCGCCGGGAUGGCGGCACUGCUGGGCCGCUCCUGCCCUCACGGCCGCUUCCAGCCUUGCCCACACGCCCCGCCGGGAUGGCGGCACUGCUGGGCCGCCCCUGCCCUCACGGCCGCUUCCAGCGCUGCCCCUGCGCCCCACGGGGAUGGCGGCACUGCUGGGCUGCUCCUGCCCUCACGGGCCGCCUCCAGCCUUGCCCACACGCCCCGCCGCCAGCAGGGACAGGACACGUACGGGCAGCCCGCGGGGAGCGCUUGCUCCGAGCUGUGCCCUGCGGCCGAACACGGGCCCUCAGCAGCUCCCGCUGCAGGAGAGACGUGCUGAAUUCUCGCUGACCCGGGCUAAUUUCAGAGAGGCUGGAGGCAAUGCCCCUGUGCUCCAACCCCGAGUGUGGGACCGCUCCAGGCAAACCGGAGCCCGGCCCCGCCGGCCCGCGGCCGAGCCCUCCUGCUGCCAGCCCCGGCAAUGCGGCCGCUGGCUGUGUCCGCCUGAGCUGCUUUAAGCACCACAGCCCCUGGAGGCUUUUCCGCUUUUUGUUUUCAGGGUUUGUCUGCGGGCCAGCUGACGGCUAAACUCGGGUGACCUUCCUCUCCCAGCGAGGCUGACGCCGGUGCACGGUAUCGAUCUCACUGCGGUACGGGAGGUGCAGCCAAAGCACCGAGACGCACUCACCUCGUACAGCGUAGCACAGUGAACUUUCAGAAAGUAAAAGUGCUUGCUCAGGAGGCUGAUAGAGUAAAUCAUCAAAAACACCCGCUGUCCAUUGUGCCUCUUGACAUUCAUUGUGCUGCAGCUGCGACUUGUUUUAUUGACUCGUUAUAGGGAUGUAAUGCAUUGGGAAGUUAGAAACUUGCAAAGGGAAGUAUUUGCUGUCCCAUAAAUUGUCCCUCUAAUUUUGUAACACAUUACAUUUAAAGGCAGGUCAUAAUGUUCCCAAUCAGUUACCAAAAGGUAGGUCUCUAACUAAAAAUUACUUGAGUGAGGAGCUGAGGAACUUGCAUCAAAUUUGAGCGCUGAAAAACAGGCCAGUUUGAAUUAACUGCUGGUGGAGCCUAGCUCUGAAAACACGGUCUGCUGUCACCAGGUACAACACUUACCUUUUGAAACAGAUCCAGGGAAUGAACAAGCAUAAAAAUAUUCCAGAUAACUUCAGGGUGCUAUUCAGUGAUACUGGCUGCCUGUUCCACUAAGAGGCCUGACACACCACUGGAUAUGCAUCUGCUUGACCCUGGACAGGUUCUUCAGCUAGAACCAAAUCCACACUCUGCUUGUUGUACAAGAGGAAAAUGGGGGAUUGGGAUGAGCAAGAGUCAGUUUUCUUCCCCUCCAAGUAUUCUUGCAUGGACUGAGUAGGUAACUGUACAAGUAAGCUGAAUCAUAAUGGGGGCUGCUUAGAUUUUUGAACAGGUGAUUGGCCUUUUUCUCCCAUUUAUAAAUCUUAUACAUAUUAGUUUCAUAAUUUCUUUCAGCAGACUUUUGAGCUGCAGCAUCGAGAGCUGCAGCAAAUAUUUGUUUUGUUUAUUGCUUAUUUUUCAAAUGUCAUCAUGCACCAGAGGUCUGCAGGAGCUCAUCACUUCCCAGGGACAAGAAGACUGCAAGAACCUUCUGAUGUGGAACAGUCUGUGCAGUCUUCUGCCUACAAUAAACUUUUUUCCCUGUAUGUGGGCAAAAAGACGGAAUAUCACAGAAAUUAAAAAACAGAUUGAAGCUCU